UCGUGGAGCGAAUACAUGAGCUGUGGUCUCUGGCAAUCAGGACGCGUGCGGAGGAGAGGAAAAUCGCCUGUGUUCGGUGUGGCGAGAAGUUCCAUUGUUAGUUGUCAAAAUGGAGUUCAUACAGACAGAAGUGUAAAUCGUGGUUCCUCUUUUUUCCUACAUUUUCUCCUUUUCCGAUUCCAAAACUAUCACAGGCGUCUUGUGGAAUAUGUCAUGAAAGUCGCUCCCGGAGACAUCACAAUGGACUCCUUGGAGAACUUGUAUGACAACGAAGAUUUUAGGCUCUUUAUUCCACAAGAUCAUCUCAAGGGAGAAAUCUGUGAUUUUGAAAUCGACCCGUUCCUCACGAUCGGUAUAGUUCCUAUUGAAAAUGAAAGCUUUAGUGAUAUUCUUGCAAUCGAUGUGAAGCCAUUGGACUACAUUCCGAAAGAAGACACACCCCAGAAUGAAUACGACUGGCAAUACUUGCUGCGGGACACGCCGGCAGACACCACGACGAGUCCGGGAGACGCUGGUGAGAAGAAGGAGGCGGGGGCCGGCGAGGAUUUCCACUGCUGGCAGUGCAUGAAGCCGCACGCGAACAAAUUGGUCCUGCGUGCUCACCUGAAAAGGCACUUGAAGGCGUCCCAAUUCAAGUGCAAACUCUGCAAUCUCACAUUCCGCUAUGCCGGCAAAUUGGUGGAGCAUCUGGCCAGCCAUCCCGAAGUGGUUCCACUCAAGUGUCCCGUCUGCAAGGCUGUCCAUGUGAAUCUCAAAGAGCUGAAAGAUCACGUCAAUACUCAUGAAAAAUUACAGAUCUGCGAUUUGUGUGGCAAGAACUUUUGCUCCCGGAAAUCCCUCAGAGAUCACCUGAGACUCCACUCUGGCGAUAAGCCGUACAAAUGCGAAGAUUGUGACAAGACCUUUGCCACGGCCUCUCAUCUGUCGAGCCACAGGCGCAUCCAUAAGACAGCGAAACUACACAAAUGCGAAAAAUGUGGCACCGAGUACACCCGAUCCUAUGAUUUGAAGAAGCACACAAUGAAGAACUGCGAGAAUGCAAAGGCAAACUCAAUGAUGAAGAAGAAGGCAAAGGGUAAAAGUUCCUCCGUGGUAAUGCCGUGUCCUUGUUGCACGAGAAAUCAAGACAAUGCGGUGAAGAGAAAAUUGAUUGAAGACUAUCUGAUGCGACACAAGAUUUUCAAUUCCUAUAAAUGCAGAUAUUGCGAGUUAACUUUCUACAAUCCUAACGAGUUCCUACAACAUGAGAUGUUCCAUACUGGAAAGUUCCCGCUUUACUGCAUGUUCUGCAAUGAUAUUUGUGAGAGUCAAGAGUUGCCAGAGGUCACUGGCAGGAAUCACAAGACGCGUCUGUUGUGUGAUGUGUGCGGCAAUCUGCACAGGAGGAAGAAUACUCUUGUGGGUGAUCAGGUGGGGAAGGAGAAUACGGAAAGUCCAAUGGAAAAGAUUGACUUCACAUGGAUUCUAUCACAGCAAACACCUCAUGAAACAUUCCGUUGUCCGGAAUGUGGAAAAACGUUCCUCAGAAAGCAUCUGUUUAAGGUGCACGCGAAGAGACACAAGAUAGCAACGCAGUACAAAUGUGAAUACUGCAAUCUCGCAUUUCGCUACGCCAGUCAAUUGGUCGUACACAUCCUGGAGCACCCGGAGAAAGUCACCCUGCAGUGUCCCGUGUGUGGUGACUUUUUCCAGAGUCAGGAAUAUCUUGAGAGUCACGUGCUGCUCACGCACGAGAAUGUGCUCGUUUGCGAGACCUGCGGAAAAUCCUUCCGCAGUGACAACUCACUGCGAAAUCACACGCGCACUCAUACUGGCUUUCGCCCGUACGAGUGUCCCGAAUGUGGCAAGAAAUUUACAACUUCCUCGCAUCUCUCCAGCCAUCGGAGAACUCAUCGCACUCAGAAACAGUUCAAGUGCGAAGAAUGCAAUUCAAUGUUUACUAGAGAAACUCAUUUGAGAAGACACAUCUUGGGCAACAAAUGCAAGGGCCUGGAGGAGCCGAAACAGAAGAAGACUCCUCCAAAGCGCCUAAAAUGUUCCUCAUGCCCACAGAGGUUCGCCUCGAAGAAGGACUUGCAGCAGCAUAUCGAUAAUAUGCACAAUAAUAGCACUUUGAAUGAAGCAUAGAGCGUUAACGGCGUUAACAUAACAUUGUAUCCUAUUGUAGUAUUACAAGAUUGUAUUUUUGGGAUUUUGGUGAAUUUAAUAAAGGCGUGCUACAUCUAAUUUCA